GGACUUGCCUAAACGAUUUUUUACGCCAGGAAGUGUACCGGAAAUUGAUAAAAUUAACAACCGCUGCACAUUGUCGAUUCUUGGCCUCGUUAAGCAGUACAUGGAAGCAGAGUAUAAGAUAGUUUUGCAAGAUCCAGUUUUUGGGUCGAUUGUGAAGAUGCAUGAGAAUGGUCUUGGGUAUUCGGCAAGGCUGAUCCACAGCAUUCUCGGCAAACAGCUUAUGACAGACAAGAAGCACGAACUGUGGUUCAUUUUCGGACAGCGACCUCUUCGAUUCUCCAUGCAAGAGUAUUAUGCAGUUACUGGUUUCAUGUUCCGGGAGACGAAUAACGAGAACUGGGAAACCUGGGAGAAAGACGGUGGAUUCUGGAGCAAUCUGUUGGAGAGUAAUGCAGGAAUAACCCUGAAAAUGAUAAAGGAUGUUCACAUAAAGUCUGCUAACAAAUGGAGUCGCGAGGAUAGGUUGAGGUUGGUCUACGUGUGUAUUAUUGCGGGUUUGGUUAUGGCGCAGAGUAUUUACGUUCAUAUCCCGCGCAAAUACAUUAUGUUGGUGAUGGAUUUGGAGAGGCUGCAUAGAUACCCAUGGGGUCUUACGUCAUUCGACUUUCUGGUGGAAAACAUUAACAAGAGUAGUGCGGGGCUGCGAGAAGGGAAGUCGUAUACUCUGGAUGGAUUUUCUCUAGCUCUUCAGAUCUGGUUGAUGGAAGCAAUACCUGUUUUGGGGACAAUGAUGAGCACAAAAGUGAAAAAUGCGCCAGUUACCAUUCCUAGAUGCACUAAUUGGAGUGGAUUUAGCGCUUUAUCAUUCGGAGAUAUUUCCCGGCUAGAAAGCACCUUCAGAGAUAUUGAUGACAUCUACCCGUUUAUCUCUUGUACUGGGGAUUUCGACGUUGUUGAUUCCGCUGAAUAUGUUAGAGAUGAUGAGAUGACAGAUGGGAGAGUAGAUUGCUUGAAGAACAUGAUCAGCCAUGGGACAGAUUGGAGUACACAAGUUUGGGAAAUUGAUGGAGCUGGUAGCAGAUCUUGUACAGCUCGUGCGGAAACAUUGGCCACCAAUGGCGAUAACGCAUGCGAAGCUGAGACACCGACUUGCGUACCAGGUGACAAAUCUGUUCCAAGCCGCGGGAAAAAAAGGGUGCGUGAUCCUGGUUCGGAAGCACGUAAAAAACAGAUGUUGUGGGAACGAGCUGUAGCAAAGGAAAGACAUAUCGAUGAUGGUUUACAAUCCCUUAUUCGAGAUUUGUUUCAGAGUGCACUUAUACCUUUGGAAGAGAAGAUCGAUAAUCUUCAAGGGAAAAUUGAGGGUUUAGAGACUUCUGUUGCUGCGUUGACAAGUAAGAUAGGAGCACCGGCUCAAAAUGCUCCACCCAUCAAUGCAACAAGAUCAGAGGAACCAUCUACAAGUGAUUUACCCACAAAUCCUGAAACUGUUCCGCUUCCUAAAACGGUACGAAAGACAAGAAACUCUAAGCGAUGAUUUACUAGUGUACCAAAUAUAAUUCUGGUAUUGUUAUAUCUAUAACUGAAAA